AUGUUUCUAACUUUCUCUGGCCACCAGAGAGCGCUUGCACCGAGGAACGGAUCCUCCUCCGGUGACACAAAUCCAAAGCCACGCGUCGAGAUCUCCACCUCCAACAAAGAGAAUGUUCCCCCCUCCGCCCAACUCAAUGAGGAGGCGGUCGAUCCAUCUUUGAAAAGGCUCGAGACACUAAGGUGCGAGGAGGCAAGGAUCGACGAGGCGCUGAGAGACAAGUCCCGGCUGCUGGAUUUGGCAAUCAAGGAGAUUCUAAACCGAGGGGAGGUGCAGAAGCAGCUCGAGCUUGAGCUCGACCGCCUCUAUCGCCUCAACCAGAUCAACUUAGCUUGCACGAUGACAUCUCGUCUUCGAUCACUCAGAGACAAGGAGCAAGAGAAGAAGAUGAACAUGAACAUGAACAAGCAUAUAUUUAUAUUCAAGGCAGGGACAGUCUGAGUACACAAGCUGCUUGAUUUCAAUUUCGAAUCAAUCCUUUUGUUGUGUUAAGUUUUUCUUUUCUUGGCUUGUUUCAUUUGAGAAAUGAAAUCCAAUUUUCUCGCAAUGAGAAUUGAUAAAUAGAUAAGUGAAAAGCAUGUAGCAAAUUGAACCACUACAAAUUGGUUUUCUUAGGUACAUAACUUUUUCACUGUCAUGAGACUUUUGUUAAUUCCAU